UGUACUAGUCGGUCGGUCCUAUAAUAUCUAAUACUAGAUUCAAACUGAUAGACAAUUUUAACGAUCAAAUCACAAGUUCAGUACAAAAUAUCCUAACGAUAACUUUUCCAUAUAAUCCCCAAUAGAAUUUCCCAACCCUAUAGAAAAGAUAAGAAGAGCACAUAGAUUGGGGGAAAAUCUCAAAAUACACAUGUUAAAAAAAAUUACCAAAAUACACACGUUAUAAAAAAAAUUCCAAAAUACACAUGUUUGUGCAUCAAUGUUGUUGUCAACCGCAGUGAAUGCAUUCACCGCGGCAGACCAAAGCGGUGAAUGCAUCACCGUGGUUGACGGUCGCGGUGAAUGCCUAACGUAACACUGAAACUUCAAACAAACAUAACUUUGCGCUCGGUUAUACGAUUGUAGCGAAAUUUUUUUAUUCCACUAAAUUUUCAAAAUCUUUCUUUAUUCAACAAUCCUUCAUCUAAAAAAAAUUCAUUUGCUACCCCGAACGAGCAAUUUUUUGAUUUUGACAAACUUUGGAAGACCAUAACUUUGUGCUCCACAAUUCGAAUGUCAUGAAACUUUUUUUUUAUUUUGCAUAACUUUUAAAGUACUACAACUUUGAUGAUAACCAUAAUUCUGGAAAGUAUGUGGAUUUGUGAAAAGUAAAGCCAAAGUUAUUCCCAAAAUCCCGUAUACCCAAAAAUAUUUCUUUUUAAAAAUAUUCUUUCCUAGUAAAAGUUGUAGUUCUUAAAAAGUUAUGCGCAAUAAAAAAAAACUUUACGACGUUCGGAUUGAGGAGCUAAAAGUUAUGUCCUUCCAAAGUGUGGCAAAAUAAAAAAAUUGCUCGUUCGGGGUAACAAACGACAUUUUUUUGAGGUGAAGUCUCGUUGCAAAUUGAAAGAUCUUGAAAAUUUAUAUGGAAUCAAAAAAAAAUUACGUACAAUCGAAUAACCGAGCGAAAAGUUACUUUUGUUUGAAGUUUCUGUGUUACGUCGGGCAUUCACCGCGGCCAUCAACCGCGGUAAUGAAUUCUGCCGCGGUGAAUGCAUUCACUGCGGUUGACAAUAGCGGUGAUGCCCAAAUAUGUGUAUUUUGAGGAAAAAAAUUAUAACGUGUAUAUUUUGAAUUUCUUUUUUUUUUUAACAUUUGUAUUUUGGGAUUUCAUCCAUGGAUUGAGACCUCUUCUGUACAUAGGGCGAUUUAUAUUCUUGGCGUCCAUGCGGCAUUCUCCCACAUUCACUGUUGAGAACCGGAGUCCGGAACGGGAGGAAAGAAAAUCAAAGAAGAAAAGUAAGAGAGAGCAAAAAGGAAAGGAAAUGGCAGAAAAAGCGGCUAUGGUAUGACGUCAGCAGCAUCCAGAUCUUGCAGCCAACAGAAGCUUCCCCUUUUCCUCGCUCUUCCCAUUUUCUUACCCGCAAAAUUCUCUCUCUCUGAUAAAGCAAAAGAAAAUAAAAGAAAAAAUUCCUCCUUUAGUCCUUUUCCCUUCCUCUCAUUUUCCUGGGAACCAAACAAAUCCCCAAAGAGGAAAAGCAAAACCCCAAAAAGAAAAACAAAAAAAUCGAAAAUCAAGAAUGAAUUUGGAGAAAGAAGAACAGCAAGAGGCUCGGAAAGUAAGAGCAACUAGCGAAUCACAAUGAAUGCCGACUCUCGCCAUCUUCGCAUUCAUCCCUACUACUGUUUCCUCCUCUUUCUGAUUUCGUCUCUGCUCAAUUCCGCUUCCGCCGCCGACGCUAUCCCAACUGUCGGCAGUGAAAUCCCCCGUAGAAUUCUCCAUCAGCCAUUGUUCCCGGCCACUUCAGCACCACCGCCAUCCUCCGUCGCCGACGAUUCACCUCCCUCCCAACCCCCACCGGCCGACUCCUCCACUUCCCCGGACGAGCCCUUCUUCCCCGAAGUCCCAGCCCCACCUUCCCAGGAUCCAACCCAAGCCCCGCCGGCGAGCUCCUCCGCCAAUGCCACCGUUCCAAUCCCCACGGCCACGCAGGCCCAACCCGCUAAGCCCGUCAAGAAAGUGGCGAUUGCCAUCUCCGUCGGGAUCGUCACUCUCGGGAUGCUCUCCGCGCUCGCAUUCUUCCUCUACCGCCACCGGGUCAAGCACCCGCCCAGAAGAGACUCCGACAAGCUCGUCGUCGGGCCCGGGGAUGAGAAUUCCCGGCGAUUGGCCGAUCCUCCUCCUUCGCCGCCUUCCAAUUUUCUGUAUAUAGGGACGGUUGAGCCGAGCAGGAGCUCCAGCUCUGAGUUGACGUCGACCAACACCAACAACUCGUCUCCGUACCAUAAGCUCAACUCUGUCAAGAGAUCUGAUCGGUAUCGACCUAGUCCUGAGUUGCAGCCGCUGCCGCCAUUGCCGAAACCUCCUGCUGCCGCAGCUGCUUCUUCGAAUCUCCAUCCUCGUCUUCCUCCUCGUCCAGUCUCUGCUGCUGCUGCUCCGAGGCCAGAGUACGAGAGCUCCGGAUCUCCGACUUCAUCAUCGUCUAGUGAAGAGAGCAACAACGGCACGCCGUUCUACACGCCGGCCGGCUCCGCCGUGAGCUACGACGACGGAUUCUACACUCCGGUUUCGGGCUCUACGCGACGGCAUUACUCUAGAAGCAACGAUGGCAGCUCGUUGAGGUCAGUCAAUGGAAGUAAUAAUGGUUCCUCUGUAUCUGUUCCUCACUCGAAGAGAACUUCCCCCAAAUCGAGGUUUUCUUCCUCUGUUUCUUCUCCGGAAAUGAAGCAUGUGAUUAUUCCUUCAAUUAAGAAGCCCUCAUCGGAGCCUCCGCCUCGACGGCCGCCGCCUCCGCAAGAGAGUGGAGCUCAGCACAACGAGCAGUCAUAUCACUCGAAAAAACCGAAAUUCUCGGGGCCACCGCCGCCGCCGAAUAUGUCGCUCCUUCGAUCGUUAAACGACUACCCGCCCAGCGGAACCAACGCUCCACCACCUCCUCCGCCACCGCCUCCGCCUCCUCCUCCACCACCAGGUACAAUUCCGGUUCCGAGAAAGGUAAGAGAAUCUCUAUCUGCAGAGAAAUCAAGCGUUUCCUCCACAAAGACGCAGCCGUGGACACCGAGUCCCAAGGCGAGUUCGAAAAUCGACUCAUCGAAAUCGACAGAGCAGAGUAGCAGAAGCGGCGGUGGUGGGGGGUCGGCCUCUGGAGGAAUUGAGGAGGACGAGAAUUAUGAUGGUUCAAAGCCCAAGCUGAAGCCUCUCCAUUGGGACAAAGUACGGGCAACCUCAGAUCGUGCCACAGUGUGGGACCAGCUGAAAUCCAGUUCGUUCCAAUUAAACGAGGACAUGAUGGAGAGCCUCUUUGGUUUCAACUCGGCCAAUUCUGCUCAUAAAGAGCAUGCAAGGAAACCAGUUCUGCCACAAGUUGAACAGGAAAUUAGAGUUUUGGAUCCAAAGAAGUCACAGAACAUAGCUAUACUUCUGAGAGCAUUGAAUGUGACGAAAGAUGAAGUUUCUGAAGCUCUUCUGGAUGGGAAUCCAGAAGGCUUGGGUGCUGAACUUCUGGAAACUCUGGUGAAGAUGGCUCCAACAAGGGAAGAAGAAAUAAAACUUAAGGAGUACAGUGGUGAUAUCUCUAAACUAGGCUCUGCAGAAAGAUUCCUGAAGGCUAUUCUAGAUAUCCCAUUCGCUUUCAGAAGAGUUGAUGCGAUGCUAUACCGAGCCAAUUUCGACACUGAAGUUGCAUACCUCAAAAGAUCUUUCCAAACCCUGGAGGUAGCAAGUGAAGAAUUGAAAAACAGCCGGUUAUUUCUCAAGCUCCUUGAAGCUGUUCUCAGGACAGGCAACCGCAUGAAUGUUGGCACAAACCGUGGCGAUGCCAAAUCGUUUAAGCUCGACACGCUAUUAAAACUUGUAGAUAUCAAGGGAACUGAUGGUAAGACGACAUUGCUCCACUUUGUAGUUCAGGAAAUCAUUAGGUCAGAAGGCACUUCAGGUUCUGGUCAAGAAGAAGAGAACAAACUAUCGAAGAUGAAGGAUGAGGACUUCAGGAAGCAGGGAUUGCUGGUUGUAUCUGGACUGGGUAGGGACCUCGGCAAUGUGAAAAAGGCAGCAGGAAUGGACUCUGAUGUUCUAAGCAGCUAUGUGACGAAGCUCGAGAAGGGACUCGAAAAAGUGAGGUCGGUUUUCCAGUACGAGAGACCUGAUAAUAGCAUGCAGGGCAAGUUCUUCCAGUCGACGAAGCAGUUUAUGAGAGAUGCAGAUGAGGUCAUUGCAACGAUCAAAGGCAGCGAAAGGAAAGCUCUGUUGCUGGUGAAAGAGGUGACGGCGUACUUCCAUGGAGAUACGGCAAAGGAGGAAGCCCACCCAUUUAGAAUUUUCAUGAUCGUGAGGGACUUCUUGAACAUACUUGAUCAUGUGUGCAAGGAAGUAGGGCAGAUGCAGGAUAGGACGGUGGUGGGCUCAGCUCGGUCCUUCAGGAUAGCUGCAACGGCUUCGUUACCGGUUUUGAACAGGUAUAAUGUGAGACAAGAUACAAGCUCGGAUGACGAACACAGUUCUUCUCCUUGAUUGAUAGAGUGUGCAGAGAGUAUCUGGUUCAUUUUUCUUUUUAUAUCUUUGGAAUUCAAGUAACAGGAUGAAUAUAGUGCUUUAUUUUCAUUUUUAAUCACAAUCAAUGAAAAUUGAAAGGGGUGACCGGAGGUGGUGAAUAGAUCACCGGGCUGCUGCUGCCACUCCGAGCUCGCGCUGAAAGAUGCCAUAGAUAAGAUUAGACGUGUGUUUAAUAGAUGAGGGUUAAACACAAUUUCAGGGACAGAGUGCUUUGUUAUCCCACAUGCUGUUGCUGCAUUUUUUAUACUUGUUACUAAUAAAUCAUAGCUAGUUUAGCUGGCAGCCUUCACUGGUUCAAUGUUUUUUUUAUCUGAGAGUGAGACUGUGAGCAAUCUGCUACAGUGGGACGAUGUUGAGACGUUGCAAUUUCUGGUUUUGACUAAAGUAGCAAUUUUUUACGCAACAGUAACUCUACUUCAAAUUUAUAUAUAGUAACUUGCCGAAUUUGUUACCGCUAGAGUUAGUACUAUCUAUGACCAUGAGCUGCGAGAUUUCAUCCAAGUCGGGCUAAUUCUAAUCAAUUAGUAAUUGACGUAGAAAACAGUUUUUAUGGCAUACUGUUUGUGUGUCUAACUGAGUAUAGGAGUGAAACACUAGGAGAAUGGGGCGCGAGUGAAGGUGGAAGAAUUUCCGCUCUUAUCCUUUAACCUUUUUUGAGAUUCCAAGAGAGAAGGCUCGAGGGAGAGGAAGGGAGAGAGAUAGAACCAAUCUUAGAGGGAGAAGUUUCUUGUUUUCUAGAGAGAGAAUUCAGAAAUCGAUCCCCUCACCCACUGGGGUAAAUACUCUAUUAUAGGCAUACCAUAAUCAAGUUGUAAACAAAAGUGUUCACUAUCUACAAAUAAUAAUAUUGAUAAAUUUAAGCGGUAUAAUAAAUGUGUGUUUUUUAUAUUAUACAAUAUAACUAUAUAUUCAUUCUAAUAUCAUCAAAUUGUCAUUUUACUUUUUAAAAUAUGACGUGGCAUCCAUAUGGCUUGGAGAGUUGAGUUGGACAUGACGUGUCAUCAAGGUGUCAUCCAUGUUAGUCUAACGUCCAUUUAAUUGACGGAGUAUUAGACGAUAUUAAAGUAUUUGAUGAAAAUAGUUAAAUUUAUAAAGAAAAAUUAAAAAGUGUGACUAACUCGUAUAGCCAUAUGUGAGCCGAAAGAUAGUGUUCAAAACAGGUGAAUUAUUUUUUUAAAAAUUCAGACAAUUAAGAGGUUUCGAAAAGUUGGAAUCAAAACAAUGUUUUGCU